AUGUCCGCCGCUGCUUCUGGCUCGAACAUGCCCGAGUGGUACCAGCCUAACAAGCAGGUCGAGGACCCCGUGCUCCGCGUCUACAACUCGCUCACCCGCUCCAAGGACGUCUUUGUCCCCACCAAGGGCCGUCAAGUCGACUGGUACAACUGUGGCCCUACCGUCUAUGACGCGUCCCAUAUAGGUCAUGCUCGCAACUACCUCACCCAGGACAUUGUUCGCCGCAUUCUCCGCGACUACUUUGGCUACGACGUCAACUAUGUGAUGAACGUGACGGACAUUGAUGACAAGAUCAUCAUGCGUGCCCGUGAGGGCUACCUCCUGAAGGAGACUGUUGAGAAGAACCCCGCCCUCACUGCCGAGCUCAUCCAGACCGCCCGCAAGGCCUAUGCCGAGUUCCUGCCCAAGCUCGUCAAGUCGCUCCCCUCGCCGGUCGAGUCGGGCAGCGACGACGCGCUCGAGCAGUUUGCCGCCAUUGCUGCCAAGGAUGCGUCUGAUGCCGAGUUUGCUCGUGCUGGCCGUGAAAAGGAGGAGAAGUUUGGUCUCUACAUCACCUCGCUGUCCAAGGCCCGCCAGGCUAUUCUUGAUGCCGAGAAGAGCCUCGCGUCCGGCAACACCCAGGGUGUCAAGGAGCUUGUUGACAGCACUGCCGACGUCCUUGGCCCCUACCUCGGCACCACGCUUGGCGACACCAUCGCCGACCCCCGUGCCGUCUCGCGUGAUCUCGCUGCCUACUGGGAGAACCGUUUCUUCGAGGACAUGGACCGCCUCCGCGUCCUCCCUCCCGACACCAUCACUCGCGUGUCCGAGUACGUCCCCGAGAUUGUCUCGUUUGUCGAGAAGAUUAUCGACAAUGGCUUUGCCUACGAGGCCGACGGCUCGGUGUGGUUUGACGUCGCCAAGUUUGAGGGUGCCAAGGCCGACGGCUUCACCCACGAGUACGCCAAGCUCCAGCCCAACUCGAAGGGCAACAGGAAGCUCAUCGACGAGGGUGAGGGCGCCCUCACUGCCAACAAGGGCAAGCGCCAGGCCUCGGACUUUGCCCUCUGGAAGGCUCGCAGCAAGCCCGGAGAGCCUGCUUGGCCCUCUCCCUGGGGUGAGGGCCGCCCCGGAUGGCACAUUGAGUGCUCGGUCAUGGCGUCGGCUAUCCUUGGCCAGAACAUGGACAUUCACUCGGGUGGUGUCGACCUCAUGUUCCCCCACCACGACAACGAGCUCGCCCAGUCCGAGGCAUACCACGGCUGCAAGCAGUGGGUCAACUACUUUAUCCACACUGGCCACCUCCACAUUGAGGGUCUCAAGAUGAGCAAGUCGUUGAAGAACUUUAUUUCCAUCGACGACGCGUUGAGAGACUACUCGGCCCGCCAGCUGCGCAUGGCCUUUAUGCUCCAGCAGUGGAAUGCCAAGCUCGACUUCCGCAAGGACCUCGUUGCCGACGUCAAGACCAAGGAGGAGACCCUCGACAAGUUCUUCGCCAACGUCAAGGCCCGCAUCAACGAGGCUGCUGCCCGUGGACCCAACACUGACGGCAAGCACCACUUUGACGAGCAGGAGAAGGCUCUCCUUGAGGACCUCCACAAGGCCCAGUACGACUUCCGUGUCGCUCUCUGCGACUCGUUCAACACGUCGCAGGCCCUCACUGUCCUCCUCGACAUUGUGGGCAAGGCCAACGUCUACUUUUCGGGCCGUGCUGGCGAGUACAACAUUGAGCCUGUCAAGGUCAUUGCCCAGUGGGUGACCCGCAUGCUCAGGAUGUUUGGUCUGGCCGAGGGCAACGCUGUCGCGGACGCGACCGCCGUUGGGUGGGGCAAGGAGGGCGACUCGAACGACUCGGGUGACUUUGAGGCCAAGCUUGACAAGUACAUCCGUGCUCUCUCGUCGUUCCGUGACGACGUCCGCAAGCUCGCCAUUGACGGUGCUGCCAACAAGGAGAUUCUCGCUCUCUGCGACCGUUUCCGUGACAACGACCUGGUCAACCUCGGUAUCCAGCUCGACGAUGGCCAGGGUGCCAACGGCUCGGCACUGUACAAGAUUGUGGACCCCGCCGUCCUCAUCAGGCAGCGCGACGAAAAGGCCGCUGCUGCCGCCGACAAGGCUGCCAAGAAGGCUGCCUCUGCGGCUGCUGCCGAGGCCAAGCGUAUUGCCCAGCUCGAAAAGGGCCGCGUGGCGCCCGAGGACCUCUUCCGCCCCCCACAGGUCGCCGAGGGCACCUAUUCGAAGUGGGACGAGCAGGGCUUCCCCACCCACGACGGCGAGGGCGCCGAGGUCAGCAAGAGCGCGACCAAGAAGUUCCAAAAGGAGCGCAAGCUCCAGGAGAGGCUCCACGCAGACUUCAAGGCGUGGCAGGAGAAGGGCGGUCAGUAG